GUGAAAUAUUUCGUCACUAUCAACGAGCCAUGGGUACAAACCAAGUUCGGUUACACUGCCAGUUUGCACGCUCCAGGAGGAUUCACUGAGCACUGCGAGUGGACAUCUUAUUUGGCCGCAUAUCACAUGCUGCUUGCUCAUGCGACCGCCUAUCACAUCUACGAUCGAGAAUUCAGGACGAAGCAACGGGGUCAAAUCGGUAUCACAAAUGUUGGAUUUUGGUUUGAACCAGAAAGUGCAGAAGACGAGGACGCGGCUCGUCGAGGUUUGGAAUGGAAUUUCGAUUGGUUCACUCAUCCGAUCUUCCAUGAAGACGGUAAUUAUCCGAAGACAAUGAUCGAAAGAAUCGCCGAAAUUUCACGCCAAGAGAACCGCAUCGUUUCCCGUCUGCCAUCGUUCACAGCCCAGCAAAUUAACUUCAUAAGGGCGAUAAAUGAAGAUCACUGUAAUGUUAUUGGGUAUACGUUGUGGAGUCUGUUGGAUAAUUUCGAGUGGGAUCAAGGAUACAAGUUCAGAUUUGGUAUUCAUCAUGUCGACUUCGAAGACGCGGACCGCAAACGAACACCAAAGAAAUCAGCCGAAUGGUACAAGGAAAUAAUCGCUCGUAAUUCAGUUCUCGUCGACACCAACAAUGCAUAA